AUGAAUAUUCUUUCCAUUAAUUUAAGAGGGGGUAGCAGUGUGGUUAAAAGAAGGAGACUUGCUCAUUUGAUUCAGUCAGGCAAGGUUGAUAUUUGUUUUGUGCAAGAAUCGAAGUUAGUUGCUGUUAACUUGGAGAUGACGUCUUCGUUAUGGGGAGAUCCUAAUGUGGAAUGCUCAGAAUCUGGAGCAUGUGGAGCUUCGGGGGGUAUCAUUAUUUUGUGGAGAAAGGGUAUUCUCAAUCUCAAUUUCAGCUUUAGGGGAGUUGGGUUUAGGAAGUUUUGGAGUGAUCUCAUGGGCAUGAAGUCUAGGCUUAACAGAGGUUGCUGGAUUGUGAGUGGAGAUUUUAAUGCGGUUUUGAGAGAUAAUGAGAGGAAAAGAGUUAGUGUUAGUGGUCGUAGAACAGAGAUGUAG